AUGUCGAUGCGAAACAUUCCUGCUUACACUGAACAAACAGUGAUUUCGGACAAUCAUGAAAUAACCAAUUAUCGAAGACCGAAAUCGAAGAAAAAUAUGCGCGUACAGACAAUGUUCACAACAAACGUACUCAACGAUGAAGCGACGACUUUUCGGCCAUACUUUCGAAAGAAAAAUGCUCAAGUACAAACUGAUCUGACUGCAAUUCUACUAGAUGAUGAAUUGAUGAAUGGUGUUCGACAAAUAUCACGAAAUAAGGACAAUAUCAUGAGUGAUACAUUAUCCAACCGAGAAGAUAAGCGUGACGACAAACAAAUAUUGACAGUAGAAGAAGAUUAUAUUAAAGGCACAGAUGACACUAUAGAUGAUAUAGAAUAUUCAAAUAGUAUCAGAAAAAAUUCUAGUCAUAUCGUUGAGGAACAAAAUUUAACAAAAACUAAUAUUCAAUACGAAACUGAAGGAAGCAUCAGUCCUAUUCUGGGAUAUAUCGAUGUGCCUCUUUUGCCACUUGCCAAUGCAUGUGCUCCUCUAUAUGAUAUCCUUCAUAAUUGUUCUUUCUAUGUUGAACUAGCAUUAGAAGAAACUCCUGAACAACCACCUGAUGGAUUAUCAAUUGACGAGAGUGCUGCAAUUCGGCUCUACACCAUCGAAUGGGACAGUCCACAUCGAAGUCUUUAUUCAAUGCUUAAUUAUCAUCUCAAAAAUAACGAUCGUGAGAAACUUAUACCAUAUUUUCAAUAUAUUAAACUGCUUUUAACUGCACUCGUCAAACUACCAUGUGUUCCUCCAUUGACUGUUUGGCGAGGAGUUACUAAAAAUUUGAGUGAAGAAUUUCCACCGGGUACAAAAGUGACAUGGUGGGCAUUUUCAUCAUGUACAACUGAAAUGACUGUACUUGAAAAUAAUAUGUACUUGGGCUAUGAGGGUGAUCGUACACUUUUCUCGGUCGAAGUGUUGAAUGGUCGAACAAUCAAAGCUCAUUCACAUUUUGUAACUGAAGAUGAAAUUCUUCUUUUUUCUGGCACUCACAUGAUUGUUCAAUCACAACUUAGUCCAGCACCUGAACUGCAUAUCAUUCAUUUGAAACAAGUCAUACCAGAAGAAAUGACAUUGGAACCGCCUUUCGAAGGUGCUCAUAUUUAUCCAAAAAUCAGGCGUGAAUGGUAUAGCAAGAAAAGAAUCGUCAUUCCAAUGUGUACUUUCGCGGUUUUGCUUGUUGUGGCAGCUGUUCUUGGUUGUAUUUUUGGAUUACAACAUAAAACCAUCACAGCAGCAUAUGUAUGUACCGAUCCUUAUUCAGUAAGUUUAAGUGCUGGAGUUGAUACUUCUCCAUUGAAUGUUUUGGCUCUCAGUUAUAAAAAUAAUACGGAAACUAGUAUGAUAGUAUUAGCUCCAGCCGACUCUAAUAUGUAUGUGCUACUUAACAAGCCAAAUAAGAUCUAUUCGGCUGAACUUACAUUUGACACUGGCAAAUUUCCGUAUGCCAUUAUUGCUGCUGAUUUUAAUAAAGAUAAUUAUAUAGAUCUGGCAGUUUCUAAUGAAGGUGACAAGGCAAUCAGUGUCCUCCUGUCGAACGGUGACGGAACUUUCGCUAUUCAAACACAAUAUACGGUCGGUAAUGGUAUAAGUUCAGCGAUUGCAGUCGAUGUUAACAACGAUACCGUUCUAGAUCUAGUAGUAGCUAACAUUAAUGAUAACACUAUUAGCAUAUUAUUCGGAUCUCCUGAUGGAACUUUUGCGGUACAAUAUACAUAUGAAGUUGGUAAACGACCACGAUCGGUAAUAUCUGGGGAUUUCAAUAAAGAUAUGAAAAUAGAUAUAGCCGUGACUAAUCAGGAUGAGCACACCGUCGGAGUACUGUUUGGAAACGGUAACGGAACUUUCCAAGAUCAAACCAAAUAUGACGUCGGCGAAACACCAGAUAAUAUAAUAACGUAUGAUUUUAAUAAUGAUACAUAUCUAGAUCUGGCAGUACCUAACGCAAAUGAGGAAACAGUUAGCAUAUUACUUGCUAACCCAGAUGGUACUUUUCGAAAUCAGAUAAAGUAUGAUACACUGAAUACGCCAAACUCUAUAAUAGCGCAGGAUUUCAAUAAUGAUAUGAAAUUGGAUUUAGCAGUUGCUAACUCGGGAGACAAUCGCGUUAGCGUGUUGCUUGGCAACGGUGACGGGACUUUUCAAGAACAACAAACAUAUGAAGCUGGAUCCGGAACAAGUGGUUUAGUAUCUUCAGAUUUCAACAAUGAUAGUAAAGCCGAUUUAAUAGUGACUAACUACGAUGAACUGACUAUCAGUAUUCUUUUUGGCUAUGGUAACGGUAGUUUUCAAACUCACAUUGAUUAUGCAGCUGAUAGAGGACCGAGAGCUGUGAUAACAAACUUUUUUAACAAUGAUACUGUGUUGGAUCUGAUAGUGGUCUGUCAGAUGGUUAACAAGAUUAAUAUCUUAUUAGGAAACGGCGAUGGAACGUUUCACGGGAGAAUUCCAUAUGCAACUCAUAAAUCUUCGAACUUUAUGACCUCAGGAGAUUUCAAUAAUGACAACAUAGUGGAUGUUGUAGUUACCAACUCUGAUAAAACUUUUAGCAUACUAUAUGGCAAUGUCAAUGAGAGUUUUCAGAUUCCAAUGAACUAUACUGUUGCAAUCGACAUCAAUUUUGCAUUAGCAGCUGAUUUUAACAAUGAUACCAAACUAGAUUUGGCAUUGGUCAGUCAGUUAAAUAAUAGUAUUAUAAUGUUGCUUGGUGAUGGAAAGAGAAAUUUUAAUAAUCCGACGACAUUCUCGGUUGGCAAAUCGCCAAUUUGUAUAGCAACACAAGAUUUUAACAAUGAUAAAAAACUAGAUUUAGUGGUAGCUAAUUACUAUGGCAAAAAUAUUAGUGUGUUUUUAGGAAACGGUGAUGGAAGUUUUCGAAAUCAAACUACGUAUCAAACUGGUGCUAAUCCAAGAUUUGUAAUAGCAGUUGAUUUAAAUAAUGAUUAUAUCAUAGAUUUAGUAGUAUCCAACGAAGGUCAAAAUACUAUCGGUAUUUUGUAUGGUAUUAGCGGUGGAACAUUUCAACCGAUGGUGAAAUUUACAGUUGGUAGACAACCGAAUGUUAUAGUAGCAAAUGAUUUUAAUCAAGAUAAAAAAUUGGAUAUUGCAGUAAUUAAUACGGGUUCUAAAAACAUCUAUAUGCUUUUUGGGGAUGGAAAUGGCGGAUUUCCAUCCAAUAAAACAUAUACUACAGGUACUUCUCCUAUUGACAUGAUCGUGGCUGAUUUGAACAAUGAUGGAAAAAGGGAUAUAAUAGUUGCUAACAGUGCUUCUGCGGACUUAACUAUUCUUCUGAACCAAUGUCUUAAUUGA